GCGAAAUUCAAAUAACCGAACUAUUGAUCAAAGCAUGCGCGCAUAGGUACAAAUGCUAAUGAAAAUACAGUAUCGGUCAUCUCAUGAUAAGAGAAGUAACCAUGAAGCAUGUUAAUGAGUCAGAGACCUGUCAAAUACUAGUUACCAAUUGUGUAGUCCUCCUUCUAAGUUUUACAUUUCAAUCCAACCGGGAUUUUUUUAAAGACUUCUGGUUUAACUUUUAUCUCUAUAAUUUUCGUCGAUCUGAAAACGAAUUUUUGCGUCGAGGAGACGAUAACGUGUAGUCUAAAUAGCAAAUAAAUUUAUAGUGAUGCCAUUAAAAACUAAUGGAUACCCAAAUAUCAGUAUGAUCUGGGAAACUAGAAUACAGACAUCCUAAUAUAACAUACGCUUAAUAUUUCUGAGUAGCAAGGUCGAUAUAUAAAGACAAUAUAUAAGACUAUGUCCUAUGAAUUUGUACAGGGAGCCAGAUUAGAAAGUUUCUAAAUAGCGACUGGCACUACAAGUUUGCAUUCUAACUAUCUAUGUAGCUUAUGAUGUAUAGAAUCAUUAUUGCAGGUCAAUUUAGCGAUUAUCUUAGCAAUAUUAGGUUCAAGUGACUAGAUUUUUGUGCUCAUAGAGUAUUUCAUAUUUAUCUUCAUUAUUUGAUAAACUGAAAGACAUACUGUCACUAAAACGGCUUAUUUUGAGUAAUAUACGCAACUCAUGUUACGGAUUUAUCGUGGUACGGUAGUACAGAAGUACUUACAGAACUCUUCAAUGCUAUUAAUCCAAAAACCAAUCAACCUUCGUGCUAUUUUACCUUCACCUAUGUCCUACAGGUUUCACAUAAGUAAGUAUGCUUAUUAUUAUUGUAUCUUUAAAUGUAGAAUUCAAAACAUAGGGUUUCGAAAUAUUUGGGGCUUCACAGUAACUUUUCCAGAUUCCCUUGAAUUAUUUACCUAGGAAACAGAGGAUACGUAUCUCAUGUCAUCCGAAAAAAUCUGAGCCCUAGAAGUCAAUAUGAACAGGGUGCUACAGUCGAAAUGAAAAUAGACGCACAUAACAAAAAAUGAUGACAAUGACAAAUCUUUCCAAGGAACAAGAUGAAAAUAAUCAGGAUGUAUUGGAAUUUGAAGAUAAUCUUGAGAAGAUGUCACGCGACUUAGUCACAGAUAUUUUAAAUCGGGCUAGAUCUUCAAUUACACAUGAAUCAUUGGAUACAAAACAGAUUAUGUUGCCUUCGCAAGAUUUUGCAUCAUCACAACCACAGUUAUCGAUAACGACUCCAUCUCCACCUAAAUAUGUUGGUGAAAAUGAUAAGAAUGUGGAAGAAUGUGCUAAUGCGUUUGGCAUUACACCAGUAAGUCAAAAGUCUGUCAUAAAUGAGGAGAUUCAACCCUCAAAUGUUCAUGAAGAUCUAACUAUCCAACAAGCACCAUCUGAAGAAAAGCUUCCUAAUCAGUAUCAAACAAAAUUUGAUUUCAAGUCAAAUAUUUUAAAUGAUUUCAGAGGUAUUGGAGUUGGCUCAGCUACACCGGAUACUCCACGUCAAAGAGAUUAUCAAUGGAAAUCAGGUAUAGAUUUACCUCCUACAAAUAAUACUCCUUUCACUCAUUCAUACAACUAUCCUCAGAAACCUGUUUAUUUAAGAGAAAUGUCUUUGUCGCCUCCAAGUCUUUCACGUGAUUUAAUUAAAGAUGAUUUAAUUACAUCAUCUCGACCAACCAAUUCUAAUUGUAUUGACGAAUUCACAACAUCAUGUCGAAUGUUGACAUACAGACAAGAUUCCCCAACAGUUAUAAAUACAGAUGAUAUUGAACAAAAGUUAAAACCAUUUAGUAUACCUCUACCAAUCUAUAUUCCUUCAACAGCCUGUACACGUAUUCUUAAACAAUCUGAAGUUUAUAAAUUUACCGGAGACUAUAAUUCACAGCCAAGCAGACUUAGAUACAAUGAUUCUGAAAUUGGUAAAUUAUCACAUAGUGACAGUAUAUCAUCAGAAUUAGAAAAACUAAGUAACGACCAUAAAAACUAUAGUUACGUAACAAAUAAAAAACAAUCUAAAAAACCAAAUAUACCCCGUUUACAAUUACCUUCAAGUCCAAAACUAUCACAUUCACCUAAAACUAAUUCAAUAAGAAUUCGUAAAUCUUCAUUACCACGUCAUAGUAUUCCAAUAAGUAAAUCAAACAAUUUAAAAAUACCGAAAUCUACAAGUUCAUCACUGUGUUGGUGGGAACCCCUUCAUCAACAUGAUACUUCUAUUAUAGAAUCCUAUAAUGAUAAAUUUAAUUUACCUGAACCUAAUCCAGAAGUAUUAAAACAUUAUUAUUAUUUAUGUUCUCAACAACCAAUAAAAGAAGCUACACUUAUGAAAGCAAUUAAUGAAGCAGAAAUUCAAGCAAAAUAUAAUAAAAUUGCACAUUAUGAAUAUUUAAGACAAAAAUCUUUACAACAACAACGACAUAAACGAACUCGAUUUUUAAAUUCACAUCAAUCUAGAAAGUUCGAUAUGGAAUUGAAACAUUUAAACAAAACAAAUCAUCAUACUACUAAUAAUAAUAAUAGUAGUAUCAAUAGUAACUAUAGAUUAAGUCUAUGUAGACCUGAACAAUUUACACAUUUAUUACAAAAAGAGAAUAAACCAAAUAAAUCAUUUCAAUAUCCGAAUAAAGAUGAUCCCUAUUCAAUUAUGAUGAAAAAAUCAAAAAAACAACGAUCAAUAUUGAGUAGUACAGUUCAUAAUUCAAAACCUAGAAAAGUAUCUUCAAGAUCAAAUAGUCAAGUUCGUAGUUCAUUGAAAGUACGUAAUAAAAGUUUAGAUAAAAAUGACAACAUCAAUCAUCAUAAUCAUUUUGAUCAUCAUGAAAGAAGAUUACAUAGUUCAAAUAAUCGAAGAACACAAAUAAGUCAAUCUCCAAUUGAUAAUAAGAGAAAUACUAUUAAAGAUUCAGAUUAUAAUAGAUCAAUUCAUUCACCAAUAAGUUAUUUUUUGAAUUUCAAUGAUAAACCAGAUUAUAAUCAACAUUGUACAAAUCUUCAUUCAGAAUAUUGUCAUAUAAAUAAACAAAAUGCAGAUUCACCUACAUAUAUUCAUUCUGAGUAUGCAAAUAAUCUACCGAAACAAUUUCAUUCAACAAACCUACAAACUGAAAACAAUUCAUGUGAAAAUGAAUUACACAACAAAAGUGUUCAUUCACGUCGAAAUAACUUACGUUCUAUUCAUCAUCCAAAUUCUUCAUUUCAUCGAAAUUCAGACUUCUCUUCUGGAUCAUUGGAUAGAUUAAGGAGACGAUGUCAUUCAAUUGAAAGGGAAUUAGGUACAAUUGAAAGAGAUAAAUAUGAACAAACUUUAAGUAAUCCAAUACCAAGUGAUCCAAGAGUUGAUGCCUUAACAUCAGCUAAUAGAAUAUUACGUCAAAGAUUAUAUGAUAUACAAAAAAUACAAGAAAAUAGAGAACAUGUGUUGAAUAAAGCUCAUGAAAUGGUUAAUGGUUUGUUAAAUAAACAACAAAAACAAGCGUCCAUAAUACGUGAAAGUACACGAAACUAUGCACAAACACCAUCAACUUUAUUAACAACUAAUCAUGAUAUUAAUGAUGAUGAUGAUCAGAAUAGAAAAAGUUAUCCAACAAAUUUAUAUAAACCAAUGAUUAAAGAGGAUUCAUUGAAUUUACCUACUUAUACACCAACGAAAUAUGGACAUUAUCAUAAUCAACAUCAUCUACAAUGUCAUCAUGAUCCAAAUCAUAUCACUGAUUACUAUGGUCAACAUUCUAAUCAACAUUCACCAUAUAAUUACUUUCCCAAUCAACGGAAACCAUUUGAUUUUACAAAUCAUCAUUCAACCAAUGUAUUACUCGAAAAAUUACGUUCAGAUUAUGCAGAUUUAGCCAAUAGUGUUUAUCGUAUUGAAGAAAAAGCAAGAGAUGCUGCUUCUUCUGUACAAUCAUUAUUGAAACAAUUUCAAAUGGGUCUUAUUAUGGAACCGGUUAAUUUAAAUUCACUGAAUCAAUUAUCGAAUAGUGAUUCAUAUGAGUCAUUUAAUAAAGAAUCACAGUCGAACGAGUUAUAUGAUAAAUCUGUCAUGUUUAGAUUACAAAAAGCGAGAGAUACAUUAGAUCAAUUAAAAUCUGAUUCAUUUCGACCAUCAAUUAACUGCCAUAGACAAGUAGAUUAUACUGUACCAUUAACAAUAUCAGUAACAACAACGACCAAUUCAUUAUUAUCAUCAUCCUCAAUACCAUUAAUGACAACAACAUCUGGUACAGUUCCGUCAAAAAUUAAUCAUUAUAAUCUACAUGAACCAUAUCUCAAACAUCCUAAUAUGUAUAAUCAUCCGUACAGUAACCCAUUAAGAUCAACUUGGAAUAUUAGUUAAGCUUCAAAUAUCUGGUUUCAGUCAUUUCUAGUUAAUUAAAUUAAAGACUUGAUCAAACAACAGAACAAAUUAAUCUAACAGGUAGUAACAAUCUCCAAUUGACCUCAGGGAUUAAAAAUAAUGAAUUUAUAUAUUUGUUUCAAGAAUUGUCCUUAUUAUUUUUUUUGGCUUUUGCUUUUACUACUUAUAUCUAGAAUAGUAGAUAAAUAUAUGCAUGGUAUUUUGUUGUCAGUUUUUUAUACCAAAACUUUUACUAGCCUAAACGUUUUCUUUUUACCGAUCCAUGUUUCCUUUUUCGUUUUUGUUCUUUUUUUGGAUAGUCAUUCACUAUUUAUUUACUUAUACAAUUUCAUAAUAAUUUGUUUAAACUAAUUAAUUGAUUUGAACAGAUUGAGAAGAAAAAAUUAAAAAAAGAACAUUUUAUUACACAGUUACUAAUGUUUGUAAGAUUGAAAAUGUUGCGAAUUCCCCAGCAACAACAACUGUAACUACAAAAAAUGCUCAUAAAAAGUAGUACUAUAUC